ACGCAACCCCAUGUUACGAUGCCUCGGAGUACACGAGUCUCUAAUAAAAAUACCACCCCGAAAGUCUAUGAAUCUAAAAAAGUACCAAAGCAACAGCGUUUCCCACACAAGCGGAAGAUAGUGCGGAGGCCGGACAGCAAUGAUGUCAGCGAGAAAGCGCAAACGAAAUUGACCCCGGGGAAAUUAAAAAGGACGGCCACGGUUGGAGAUUCAGAAGAUGAUGAGGACACUAUGGAAAUCGAGGAAGAUCUGGGUGUUUCUGAUGGUGUGGAAACUGAAGGGAAAACGCCACCCGCUGUCGCUCUGAAGAGUGAAUCAUCAGCAACGAAGGGAAGGAAGCGCACCAGCGAUGCCUUGCUACAUGACAUCCGAAAAGAAGAAGCGCCAGUACAGCGAAUAUCUAAACGUAGCAAAAAGUCCACUGCACACAGCAAAACCCCAUCCGCAACUCGGGUUAGUCUCGAAACCGAACUCAGUGCAACCCACGAAGACAACACCGCCUCGCCGUCUGAAUCCGAGAUGGCAAAAGACACAAAACAGAGACGAAGGAGGCAAUCUACAAUGACACAAAUGUUAGACGGCCGAAAACCCGCUCUUGACACACCGGAGCCGGAAUACAAGCGUGUGAGAAGUGGUUCACGAAGGAUUUCGAGUGGCAAAAAGACUGCUAAGGGUGAUCAGAAGCAGCGGACACUCACACAAAUGGUGCCUGGACUUGGAUCUUUCAACCAAGCAACAUCCGAUGAGGAUAUUGAAAGUGAUGCAGAUAAUGAGAUGGACGAACCUUUGCAUAAUGAUGCGCUGGCGCAGCGAUUAGCGAGACAUGCGGGCGAUGGGAUCAAGUCGGAAUCGAUUAGCCCUGUGGCAGCUUCAGGGCGUAGGAAAGGCGUGCGCGUAAAACCCGUUGCGUCUCCACGUCUUCAAGACGAUGCGUUGCUUAACGGCAAGGAGUCACAGUACGAAAGCCUUCUUGUUGUGAGAUCUGGUGACGACGACACGGAAGACGAGUACCAGCCUACACAAUUCAUCGCAUCCCCGAGUUUGAAGCGUACACGAGCCUCCCGACGCAGUACAACAUUGCAACUGCCAACACCCGCACCAACCGAGAAACGUAACAGGCCGCGAUUCGGUCUACUCUCUACUCCCGAAAAGCGUCGUAUUCGUGAGAUUCCCUCAUCUCAAUCCCCGGCUGAGUCGUUACUAUCAACUCAAAACACCCUACAAAAAUUCAAUAGUUCGCCUCUGAAGCUACGUUCCAAUAAUGCACUGAGCCGCAUAGAAACGCCAUCGAAACGCAAACAGGUCACUUUCCAAGUACUAGAUGAGAAUGCAGUACCGCCACGGCCCAAGCUUCACAAAUUUGCGAGUACGAUUCCAGACUCUGAGGACGAGGAUGAGGAACUUAUCGAAAGUGACUUCGACCAGGGAACUAGUGAUUUUGGCGUUGGGACGCAACCCUCAUUUACAAGGCCGAGAAGCCCUGCUGCAGGCAUGGCUGUGGGUGCUGAAACCCAAGCGAUGCUUAGAUCCAUCGACGAAGCUUGUAUGAAUAUACAGACUACGCAAACGCCGAGGGAGUCAUCAAGAGAAACCGAAGAACGUGCGAUGAGAGUUGAUUCAUCCUUUGAGCUAGGGAUAGCAGAGAGUAUGAGUCCCAAAUCGCAUGGGGAGAACGUAGACCCAGACAUACCUCCGUCUUCCCAGCCGACGACUUCACAUAUAGGGAUCAAUCAUGAACCACCUGAUCUAGCCAACUUGGCUGCUUGUUCUCCUGCCUCGGAACACGAAAAUCGCAGAGUGUUGCAAGAUACGUAUCCUUCAUCUCCAAUGGCGUUCAUAGCAGUAUCAUCGGAUGAAGACGGGGAAGAGCCCUCCUUAACGCCAUCCAUAAAUACCAAGCCAAAUAAACGAAAACGCAGCUCUUCGCCGCUCGACAGAUCAGAUCAAGCUCCCACAAGCUCUCGUAAUGACGUACUGACCUCGUCCAGUACAUUGCAGCCUAGUACAAACCCUAAAGAAGUUACACGGGGCAACGAAGCGGGAGCUGGAGGAGAUGAAGAAGAAUCCCAAAUUUCCAACCUCCUUUCGGCAGCCGCCGAACAGCAGCUUCAUUCCGAAUACGCAACUUACUCGCAGUUCCGACCCCCAGGACCCCCAGCGUCCAGCAUGCAAGUGGCUCACGACACACUCUUUACAUACCAAGAAACACCUCGACCUCCGCGCACCGAGCGAACACCACAUCAGCACUCCAGCAACCCCAACCUCCACAGUGACAUUAGCCAAGCCACAACCAUAGACGAAGAAACGCAAACGCAAACACCCACUAGAGCCCGAGACCCCCCUACGGCCAUAACUGACGCAGCCGCUGUCAUCAUCCGUUCCACGCCCCCACCCCCAGAAGACCACACUGCCCCCGCUGCCGACGAUCUCCCCCUACCGCUUUCAGGACCCAGCACUCCAAAACCAGCCCCUAUGAUCAAAGAUGAACAGCAGCAGCAUCAAGAAAAUCUUCUUGCCAUCUUUUCAUCCUCCCCAACACGUCCCCCUCCCCUCGUCAUCCCAAGUUCUUUCCCCACCCCCAGUAAAGUCCUCACGCAAUAUCAACACUUCUCCUCUUCACCACCUCUGCCGCAAGACCAAGACGACGCUGAUAAUGAUAAUGAAGCGUGGACGUAUAACGGACACGCAAAUACCGAGAAUGAGAACAACAGUAGUCUAAUCUUGACACGCGGCGAUGGCGUGGGUGCCAGUGGGGCUGGGAAGGGGUAUACUCAGUGGUUAGCUGUCAUGGAGAAAGAUGAAGAUUGCAACGAGGAAAAUGAGGCGGAGCUGGAGAGUGAUUCGGAGAGCUGGAAGAAUUUUAGCAUCCCGGCUGGGCCGCCAGUGGAGCAUCUGUAA